CUCUCUCUCUCUCUCUCUCUCUCUCUCUCAUCCCAUCUUUUGUUACUCGGUCCCUCUGUUGCAAAAUAGUUGAAACACAAACAGCGCGGCUGCAGUCGUUAGCUGCAGGCUAGCUGCUCCCUUUCCUUCCCCCGCGGCCCGGCCGGCUGGAGAUGAGCGGAAAAUGUCCGUGUCGGGGCUGAAGGCCGAAUUAAAGUUUAUCGAGUCAAUUUUUGACCCGAACCACGAACGCUUCAGAAUUAUCGACUGGAAACCGGACGAGCUCAGCUGUCAGUUUAAUGUGACGGGAGAAAAGCUGUUGAUCAUCCACUGCAACAUUACGGAGUCUUACCCUUCCACUCCACCUAUAUGGUUUGUGGAAUCAGAUGAUCCAAAUCUAGCUGAGGUUUUAGAGCGCCUAGAUGAUGUCCGGAAAGGCAGUACUGUACUCCUGCAGCAGCUAAAAAGGCUGAUCUGUGAUCUUUGUCGACUCUAUAACCUGCCUCAGCACCCUGAUGUAGAGAUGCUGGACCAGCCCCUUCCUGCUGGACCCAUCAUUCAUGACAGAAAACAUCUAACGACAGAUGAGGUUACAUCUGAAGAGGAAGAAGAAGAGGAAAUGGCAGAGGACAUUGAAGAUCUGGACCACUAUGAGAUGAAGGAGGAGGAACCUGUAGAUGGCAAGAAGUCAGAAGAUGAUGGCAUAGAGAAAGAAAACCUUGCUAUUCUCGAGAAAAUCCGCAAGCACCAGAGGCAAGAUCACUUAAAUGGUGCAGUAUCUGGUUCUGUCCAGGCUUCAGACCGUCUCAUGAAGGAACUCAGGGAGAUCUACAGGUCACAAAGUUACAAGACGGGUAUUUAUUCUGUGGAGCUAGUCAAUGACAGUCUUUAUGACUGGCAUGUCAAGUUAAGGACGGUAGAUCCAGAUAGUCCAUUGCACAGUGACUUGCAAGUCUUAAAAGAAAAAGAAGGAAUGGACUACAUUUUGCUAAACUUAUCUUAUAAAGAUAACUUUCCUUUUGAUCCGCCCUUCGUACGAGUAGUGUCUCCUGUACUCUCUGGAGGUUAUGUUCUUGGAGGAGGAGCUUUGUGUAUGGAACUUCUUACAAAACAGGGCUGGAGCAGUGCCUAUUCAAUAGAAUCUGUUAUUAUGCAAAUAAAUGCCACACUUGUCAAAGGAAAAGCAAGAGUGCAGUUUGGAGCUAAUAAGAACCAGUAUAAUCUUGCCAGAGCACAACAGUCUUACAAAUCUUUGGUCCAGAUCCAUGAAAAGAAUGGCUGGUACACACCCCCAAAAGAAGAUGGUUAGGAAUCAGCUGAUCUUUAUGCACACUGGGAAUGUUGGAUUUCAUAUUUCUUUUAUUAAGAAUCCCCUCAAGUUCUUCUGUUCAGCUGGACUGUUAUGUCUUAUGGGUCUCUGGAGAAAAAUUAACAUGUGGAUGCUGCUUCUCUUUAUCUCUUUCUGUCUCCCACCAUCUCUUGCUACUGUAUCUCUUGCUUUCAUGCCUAAUUUUUUUUCUAGUGCUCAGCAGGGAAAAGGGGGACAUAAGAGACACAUGACCUUCCUACUAAUGUGUAUUUGUCCCGGAUUAAUUUUAAAAGCUGCCAGACACUUUCUUAUUUUGCUGUCUGGAGCAACAUGAACAGUGUUGUUGGAUUAACACCUAAAUGGUUACAACUUUUCUGAUUCUAAAUUGUAUCCACUUCUUUUAAUGGCUGAUAUUUUAGCCUUUACACUUGAAGAGGAUUUAAAACAAAAAUGGAUGCAAUAAGAGACUAUAUGAAGAAGUGCCACAGCUCACAUCACCUGAAACUGCUCUGUUGUUUGCAUUCUGUGUUAACUGAUGCAUAGUAAUGCAAUCACUGCAACAAACGCAUUGCUUUUCAGAGUUAUGUUCCCUACACUGCUCUGAUGAUAACCGUGAGGAUAAGACAGUUUUUCAUUCCAGUUCUCAAAUCUUAACUGUGAAUAUACACCACAUAGUGUCCCGUUUCUUGCUUUUUUGGUUUGUGGCUAAUCUGACUGGUCAGCAGACACAGGCCUUGAGUAGACUAGGCAAAAAGAAGAAUGUGUCAUUGUUCUAUAGUUGGACAGAUGUUUGCUUGUGUUCUCGUAAAUAGUUUUGUGGUGCAAGUCAUCUUUAUUGUGCCGUUUAUGUGAAGUGGGUUCAUUUUGGCCUUGGGAUGUGCCACCGUACUCGGUCAAGAACUUGAUGUUUAAAUGGAUGAAAAUAGAAAAUUCAGGGGUUAUAAAACAUUUUAUUUUUAUCACUUUCAAGGUGUCAAGUUAGCAUUCCUUUUUUGUUGUUUAAUAACUGCCUUGUCACAAUCCAGGUAAAAUUGAUAUAGUACACACAAACAAUGACCUAUUUUUAAAUCAAUUUUAUUUGGUUUUGUUAUUACCCAGAAAACUUUCAAAAAGACUUUUAGCGUAACAGCAGAUAAAUGUUUCAUCCUACAUUGUAUUGGAUGUGUGUUUAUUUGUAUGCCAAAAUAACCAUGGAUUUUCAGUGCUUACUGCAAACAUGCAUGUAUGAGGACAUAUCACAAUCUUUAGUGCUUUCUCAGGACAGAAUAUCAGUUUAUUUCUAUUUUAGGACCAGACAUUACAUUUUGACCCACACUGAUGAUAGAUACUGCUUUUCGUUUCACAUUUCCAGCCUGUUUUUGUGGUUGAAGUGCAGCUUUUAGAGCAGCCUAAAAAUAGCAAGAAAUAUAUUUAAUUCCCAAGGUUGUCACAUCUGAUAGCCUAAUUUGUAUGUCUUAAAAUAGUCUAAGGUCUAUCAUGACCAUUUGAUUCUUUUUGCACAGAAUUUCAUUAUAGUGCCUCUUAAAGAAAUGCAAAGUCAGAUCUCGACCUUGAGGCAACCGUGACUUCAGAAAAGCCAUAUCUAACUUAGGCUUGCAGACGCACGACUCCAUAAUAUGUACGCAGACAUGUAUUUGUGUAUGCAAGUGAAGUGUUAAGCAAUGCGUGUUGGUGCUUAUUGUUGGUUUUUGUGCUGUAAAGAGAAUCUUAGUAUUUCUUUCCAGCAAUUCUCAUAAUGCAGUACAGCAUGUUCUUCAGAAUGAUACAGCUUUUUUGUGUUUAGCAUUUAAUGUUUUACACAGUUAAAUCAUAGUUUUAGUAAUUUAUUUUGGGAUUCAAAACAUCUACACCUCAAACAUGAUGAACCUGGUUAAUUGUGGGUGAAUUGGACUAUUGUUGGUUAAAUUGUGUUCAUUUGCUACCAAAUGUACUGAAAAGGAAAUGCUCCCUUUUCCUUAAAAAUGACCUCAGCUUGAUUGAUCAUCCUCUGGUGUCAUGUCCUGGUGGACUGGCUGUUAUACUCUUGGCAUGCUUUAAGGUUUUUUUUUUCAUUGGAAAGAGUUUUGACCAUGUACAGUAAAUUUUGUAAACUUGCAUCAAGUUUAUGAAUAAAUAAUUUUACAAGGG